GACAUAUUACGUUGGUCUAGAGUAGAAGAAGACGGCCGACCUAUUCAAGAUGGCGACCUAGUGGAGAGUCCAUGCUCGUUUGUUGACAGUGAAAUAAAAUCAGUUUGUGCCCGUUUUGUUGAUUUAAACCAACUGAAAAAUGUCGAGGCUCAUCAUUAAAAACCUCCCUAAUGGGGUAAGUAACCUGAACAGAUAUGAAAACACAGUGGUUAUUGUCAGUGUCAGUACAGCUGAAAGUGUGACUCUUAUCUCCUGUGCAGAUGAAGGAGGAGAGGUUUAAGUCCAUGUUUGCUGCUUUCGGCACCGUGACAGACUGCUCUUUAAAGUUUACGAAGGACGGCAAGUUUCGAAAGUUUGGUUUUGUGGGUUUUAAAGACGAAGAAGAUGCGAACAGAGCACUGAAACAUUUCAACAAGAGCUACGUGGACACAUCCAGAGUGACGGUAUGGUUCAGCAAUGACUACACAACUCAAUAUCUUUAAUGAGUUUCUCUUUAUUGCAUUUAUCAAAGCAAAGUUGUUGCUUAUUUUAGGUGGAGAUGUGCAAGGACUUUGGAGAUCCAACAAAAGCCAAGGCCUGGAGCAAACAUACCAAGAGCUCAGUUCCUGAUAAACCCUCAACCACAGCUGACACAGACACUAAAAAGGUAUCUGCUGAAGGUCCAGAUUGGUGAUACCUGGUCCUUCUAGCAAUAGAGCUCAAAGUGAAGCAACAUAAAGAAAGAAGAAGAUGUCUGGAUAAGUCACAGCACUUUCAUUUCUGCAAAAUAACAAUAUGUCUCUUUGUUUGUGCUUAGAAAAAAGGAAAGAAAAAGGAAACUACUGGUGUUCUUGGAAAUGUGAGUAAAUUUGUUUGUUAAAGUGUAGAGUGUGCUUAUAAAAUAUGUGCAUGGCAUAGAGUUUUACUGGGCUGUGAGUAGGGCUGGGCGAUAAAACGAUAACGAUUUAUAUCAAAAAUAAAUUUCCCUCAAUAUCAAUAUUAAACAUGGUCAAUAUGCUUUUUGAUAGUCGGCAUUCUGCCAUGUGACUAUAUGAAUAGCCAAUGAAAAAGGGGAGUUGCUCCUGGUCCACUUCACGCUGAACCAAUCAUGUGCUGAAUUAGAACCAAGUAGCAAGGCUGCAGCUACACGCAACCAUAGCACUUUAACAUGUGAAGGCAUCAGCACUGUCGGUGAGACUGAUGACAGAUGUAGGCUCAACAGAUGAUGACAUAGUCGACAACACCGGCACGAAAACUUCAGUGGUGUGGAGGUAUUUUGGUUUUCUGAGGUCGGACAUGAAGCAGAGACAUGUGCACUGCAAAUUAAAUUGCAUUUUUUGGCAAAGUCAGGGAAUACCUCAAGGUUUUUUUACCACCUGAAGCAAUGCCAGGAGCCCGUGGCGCCUGUGCAGUCGAAACAGCCGACCAUUCAGUCCGCUUUCACCAGCCCAACACCGUACGACAAAACGCCGAAGAGUCACAAAGACCUCACAGAUGCAGUAGCUUAUUGUUUUGCAAAAGACACGCUACCGAUAAGCUCUGUUAAGUUUUAUUUUUUUAUAUCGUGAUAUAUAUCGAUAUAGACUGAUAUGAAAAAAAUAUAUUGUGAUAAACUUUUUCCCACAUUGCCCUAGCUGUGAGUGAUGCUGUUGUUGUGUGUAUUUGUCAUAUAUCAGCUAGAAGAGGAUCAAGGCUUCCAAGAGUUUCUUUCAGUACAUCAAAAUCGUAGCCAAGCACCAACUUGGGCCAAUGACAGUGUGCAGCAAAAACCUGAUCCCAACAGUGGACCAACAAAAACUCAGGGCAAGAAGAAGCCUGCUUCAGAUGACUACCUCAACUUUGAUUCAGACCAGUCGGAAGAAGAAGAAGAGGAAGAGGGAUCUGAUGCAGAAGAAGGUUGGUAGUGAUGAUCCCCUGAAAACAAGUGCAUUUUACCUUCCCCAGUUAACUGUAACUAUUUACACUUUUUUGGACAUUUUGGAUCAACUUUUUAAUCUAAACUGGGAAGUGUUCCAUAUAGGUUAAAAAAUUACAUAGAUGUUCUCAAAAAUACAAUUAUUUAAUCAAGACUCCAUGGUAUUGCAUGUUGUUGCUUUUAGGUACCACUAAAGAAGCACUUAAGUCUGGUUUAUCAGACAUGGAGUACCUGCGCUCCAAGGUGGCACAAACGGAUGAAACCACAGAAGAGAGUGAGGUGAGGGAUGAUGAUGAAGGUGGUGAUGAUGAAGAUGAAGACUCUAGUCCUGUGCGGCACAUGGACAGUGCUUAUGAUAGUGGGGAAAGAGAAGAUAUUUCAACGGACAAACCCACAGUUUCCUCUGAGAAAAAUAAGCAGAGCAAAUCGAAGAAAACUGCCAAACAAGAGGUAUAUGUUCGAAGAUUUUCUCAUUUAGGUUUACAAACUAAUACAAUGCAGCAUCUGAUUUUAGUUUUUACAAUUCCACACCAUCUACUCUUAGCAGAUGGAUCCAGUGACAGAGUUCACAGUGAAGCUGAGAGGAGCUCCGUUUAACGUGAAAGAGGUGAGUGAAAAGAGCUCCCUGAUUUCAGAGGUGUUGUGAAGAUUUCCUGCAUCUGAAAUUUUCUUUACUGUACUUUUUCUGCAUCUCUCACAACAUCAUAAUUUUUGUGUGACAUUUACAGCAACAAAUUAGGGAGUUCAUGACCCCUCUGAAGCCUGCAGCCAUCAGGAUUGGGAAGAACGAAAGUGGAAAUAGAACAGGUUUGUCAGUGAUGGCUUCUCUGAUGUACUCUGACGUCUUUCUCAGACUUAAAUGUAAUAUUUGCAUGGGUUAUAAUGUAGUCUACAGCCUGCUGAGUGGAUCGCUGUAAUUUCUGUUCAUAAUGACUGUAUUCUUGCAAAUGUAUGAAAAUGUUGUUAUAUGUGUGUGUGUGUGUGUGUGUGUGUGUGUGUGUGUGUGUGUGUGUGUGUGUGUGUGUGUGUGUGUGUGUGUGUGUGUGUGUGUGUGUGUGUGUGUGUGUGUGUGUUUCAGGUUAUGUAUAUGUGGACUUGCACUCUGACGAACAGGUAGAAAAGGCUUUGAAGAAGAAUAAAGACUACAUUGGUGAGGAGUGAUCUGUAAUUUGUCAAUUAUUAUCAAUCUCUUUUAAACACAGUCGCAUGUGUUUGAGCUGCCAGUGAUUAUGUUCAAAAUAGUGGAUGAAUUUUACUGAUCUACACUUUUUUCAACAAUGUUUUGAGAAAAAAAAAAACAUUUUAUGUUUAUGUGACAAAUAUAGUAAUGAAUGUUAAUAAUUUAAAAAUACCCAAGUUUCUUUUGAUAUUAUUUUUUUGGCAAUCCAUGAAAAGAUGUCCUUCUUGUGUUUCCAGGUGGGCGUUACAUAGAGGUCUUUCGUGUAGACGCCUCUGGAGGUAAAGCUAAGAGAGACAAGAGGAGCACCGAAAUUGACAAAAACUUCAUUAGAAAGCUCAAAGAGGAUGAGGAAGAAGAGGAUGUUGCAGAGUCAGGUCGACUCUUCGUCAGAAACCUUCCCUAUACCUGCGGAGAGGAGGAGAUCAAAGAGCUGUUUUCUAAAUAUGGUACUAAAUGAUUAGGCCUUUAUCUCAAACAAAAGGAUCAACUCUCGCCUGAGUGCCUCACAGCUGAACUUUUUUUGCAGGUCCGUUAUCAGAGGUGCUCUUUCCAAUUGACAAUCUCACAAAGAAACCAAAAGGAUUUGCUUUUGUCACAUUUAUGAUACCAGAAAAUGCUGUGACAGCUCUGGCUCAGCUGGAUGGACAUAUAUUUCAGGUAUUUAAUCUCCAUUGAUGAUUGAUGGUAAUGCUGUUAUUUAGCAGUACAAAUUCAUUUUUUGAAAAGGAGUAAAAUCCUUAUUCUCCUUGUUUUCAGGGUAGGAUGCUUCACUUGCUUCCCUCUACAGUGAAAAAGGAGAAGACGGACUCUUCAGAUGCUGGCGGCCCCGGCUCCUCCUCUUACAAACGGCAAAAAGAUGCAAAAAAUAAAUCUUCAAGUUCCAGGUAAGACGAGACAAUAACAUCAACUGCUUCCACUUGUGUUUGUGAUUCUCUGAAUACGACAUUGAUAACUAAUGAAUAACCUUAAAUCCAAAUUUAGAAGGUUCCAUUAUCAGUUCAUGUGAUUAUUUGCUUGUUUUUUUUUAAGCUCCCACAACUGGAACACCCUUUUUCUGGGAACAAGUGCAGUGGCAGAUGCUAUCGCUGAGAAAUACAACACCACAAAAAGCCAAGUCCUGGACCAUGUGAGUACCAUGGGGUCUGAAUCUGCUGGUGUUCUGGUGAUUUCCUGUCACUUUCAGAGAUACCAGACUGAUAAAAGUCCUUUUUUUUUUGUAAAUGGAACAAGUUUCAAAGAAAGACCACACAGAGGCACCGCUUCAGCCUUUUUCCAAACAAACAAGGGUGGUAUGUUAAAUAUGUUUUUGUAGUUGUUUUUAACAUACCAGAUAGUGUUCUGUCAUCAAAAGAACUAACCACUGCACCAACGGAAAAUUUUUACCCGGAGGAAUAUGAAACAUGCUCCAACUUGAGUAAGAGAUCCAAAGCAUCAAGGAUGUUAAACCAUCACAAAAUGAUUCAAAAACUGUGCAAGAGCAUUUUAUUGGUCAGCAUGACGGGCACGCUUCAGCUCUCUCUCUCUCAGUCAUCCUCAGACGAGCUUCCAUUAGAGUCUAUAAUCCUCCCGAUUCUCCAUACACCCAGCCAGCUCCAAAGAGCUUUCAGCUCCCGCAUCCUUCUUCAGGAUGUCCACAUACGUUAGCACUGAACGUCCUCACGAACAGUGCCCAUGUGUUGGUUCCCAUAGGACCAGCCUGCUGGCAGGGAGCUCCUGAUAUCUAUGGCAGUGGCCGGCCAGCCUCAUCCUCCUAGAUGCUACCAUCUUGCUUAGCCUCGGCACUUGCCCGUACAGGUCCUUAUUGGUAAUGUGGAUGUUCUGGUUCACAUUCAGAACAGAUCAUAGCAUUCUGGUGUAGCACCCAUCUUAUGCAGGGUGGGUGUUAGGGGGUCCAGCUUUCGCAACCAAACAGGAGGACCGACUCCACAGUGGCGUGGAAUAGGUUCAGCUUUUUGUGUCUGGAGAGAUUCGAGCACCACACUCUUGACACACCAUUCAGGGCCCUCCAUGCUAGUGCCUUCCUGACCUUAAGGUCCUGUUCUGUGGAAUUCACCCAGCAGGAUCCCAAGUAUUUGAAGUCAUUAACCUCUCGCAGAGCGCUGCCAUCUGAGGCUAUAAUCGGUGGACGGUCCAUGUGGGAGUUAUAGAUAAUUACCUCAGUUUUCUUCGCAUUCAGUCUGAGGCCAACCUUAGCACAUUCCACCUCCACUCUGUUCAGUAGUUCCUGUGCCUGCUCCACACGGUCAGACACCAGGCAGAUGUCAUCUGCGUAGUCCAGGUCUGCCAGGGCUACAGCAGGGCUUCUUCUAGACUUCCUCAGUGUAAUUGUGAAGCCAAGCUCCUUCUCCCGCCCAUUGAUGGCUUCCCUGAGCGCCUAGUCUAGAGCUAUGAUAAAGAGGAAGGGAGUAAGAGUGUCUCCCUGCUGCACCCCCGCUAGGAUUUCGAACUCUUUGCUGACGCCAUCUGGGGUUACCAGCUGUCAUUCAUUUUUUUCCUAUUAAGCAGUCAAAAUACACCAUUUGAAAAAAGAACAAAUAUGUGCCUCCAUGAAAUCAUGUUUAGAAUCUCACCAGGUGAUGCUGCAUUGCUUCAUUGAGUUGCACUCUGUCCUUUCUCAUGUAUUGCAUCCACAUCAAGUUUGAAUUAUUCAGUGCAAAAUUGAAGUUUGUUUUUUUCCUAUGUGGUCUCUGCAGGAGUCGAGGGGCAGUGUUGCAGUACGGAUGGCUCUUGGAGAAACACAGAUUGUACAGGAGACUCGACAGUUUCUACUAGACAACGGUGUCAGUCUAGAUUCCUUUAGCCAGGUAAGACUUUAAGACAAACUCUGAUUCUGUUGAUCUUGAUUGCUCAUAAUAAUUAAAGUAAUAAUAUUAUUGUUAUUAUUAUCAUAGGAGUUAUGUAGCACUUUUUCCAAUACUCAAAGAUGCUGACGAUCCAAAUAAACUGGUUACCCUGGCUGUAGUUGUUUUUUUCACGUGUUGUCUCCCCCUGGUGUAAAGGCAGCAGCAGCGAGGAGCACAUCUGUGAUCUUAGUGAAAAAUCUUCCAGCUGGAGUUUCAACAUCAGAGUUGGAGGAGCUUUUCUCACCUCAUGGCUCUUUGGGUCGAGUGCUGCUGCCCCCCUCAGGACUCACUGCCGUUGUCGAGUUCCUGGAGCCAACAGAAGCCAAACGAGCCUUCACUCGUCUCGCCUACAGCAAGGUGUGUGUAACCUCAGAGCCAAACCUAAACUUGCAGCAUAUGUUUGAGAGUCCUCCCUCUUUAGACUUUUUUUCUCUCUGAACUCCAGUUUCAACAUGUCCCCCUGUAUUUGGAGUGGGCACCUGUUGGAGUGUUUGUGACGGGCAAACCAGAGCCAGGUAAAAUCCUGCAAAUACACAAACCCAAAUAUUUUUCAUGUUUGUACAUUUUCAGACUCUUAAAUUGUUUUUUUUUUUUUAAUAAACAAACACUUUUGAUCCUUUCUCAAAGUAUUGAAAAAAGAGGCACCAGCGACGCAUGAGAAGAAAGAGGUAGAGGGCAAAGAAAAUGAAGAGGAGGAAGAGGAAGAGGAGGAGUCUGCUCCAGGUUCCACACUUUUUAUCAAGAAUCUAAAUUUCAGCACAACAGAGGAGACCCUGCAGGAGGUAGGAAGACUAGUAGAGUUGUAAAUUGAUUUCUCUCACGUUUCAAAGCCUUUUUGUCCUUGUGAGGUGUCUGAAACAAACAGAAACAAUGUUUAUUUUCACAGACAUUUUCCAAAUGUGGAAAAGUCAAGUCCUGCUCCAUUUCCAAGAAGAAAGACAAAACAGGUACAAUAGAUUAAAGUAACGUCUUCCUCUAGAUAUGAUGAUCCUCUCAAUGUGGUAUUUGCUUGGAAAAAAAUACAUUGAUGAACCAGAGCUCUUCUGUCUACAUUCUGUCAACCUAAAUCAACACAUUUUUCUUUCUGAAUCUGCAUUAAAAACCACCUGACCCUUUCUAUUUGAUGAUCAGGAAAGUUGUUGUCCAUGGGCUACGGUUUUGUCCAGUAUCAGACGGCAGAGGCGGCACAGAAAGCCCUAAGACAGCUCCAGGUAUAGUUCCUAUUCCCUUGCUGAAACAUCUGCAGCUUUUCUCCAUACGGAUGAUUCUUGGCUCACAGUAUGUUCUUUCUCUUUGCCCUCCACCAGCACUGUAAUGUUGAUGAUCACCAGUUAGAGCUGAAGAUUUCUGAGAGAGCCACAAGGUAAGAUGGUUGUCAGAGGGACAACAGUAAUAGUGGUUAAUAAAGAGAUGUGCUGGAUUUCAUUCCCAUAUUGGAGUAGUGUAAAAUAAGUGCAUUUUAGUGUUAGAUGAGGAUGAUCUAGAAGUGAUCGAGGCAUCUUUGAGUGUCACAGCUACAUUAUAACUUGCCAGGCACAGGGGACAUAAAAAAAACAGUUGGUGUUUGUGCCAGCUUUGAUAUUAAAGAAAAGAUAAAUAUCUUAAAGUUUGUUCAUGUCAUUUUGAAAAUGGUGCCUGGUUAGGGUGGGUGGGACAGAGAUGAUCUUCAGGUUAAUUGUCAGGAGUUAAUGAGUCAUUUCCCCCACUGUGUGCAGGACUUCUGAAAUGUCACGGAAGAAGAAGCAAGAUGAGAAGAAACAGACGGGUACGAAGAUCCUUGUGCGAAACGUCCCCUUCCAGGCCACUGUCAGGGAAAUUCGGGAACUCUUCUGGUAACUGUCACAUUCAAGAGUUUUUACCAUCAUUGUAUGCAGAAAGGUUGCAACAACGUCUUAAAAUGAUCCAUUUUUUCGCUUUGUUCUUGCAGCACAUUUGGUGAGCUAAAGACAGUCCGUCUGCCAAAGAAAGCAGCUGGUACAGGGAAUCAUAGAGGCUUUGGUUUUAUUGACUUCCUCACCAAACAAGACGCUAAGGUGCGUUUAGAAAUCUUUAAAGAAAUUACCCUACUACCUGUUGCCAAAAUGAAGUGUAUUACCAUGUCAAAUCUAAUCCCUUGUUUUCCCUUUAGAAAGCUUUUGCUGCACUGUGCCACAGCACCCAUCUUUAUGGAAGACGCCUUGUGUUGGAGUGGGCUGACGCUGAGGAAACAGUGGAGACAUUAAGACGGAAAACAGCCGAACAUUUUCACGGUAAAGCUGCAAUUUCAUGCAACAACAUACAGGCAUCAAUGCAAACCUUGAUGUUUAUUUAGUAGUUACUUAUGUGUAAUUUAUCCUCUGUGUCAGUGGUCGCCAAAAAACAGCGGAAAGCUGAAGUGCUGGAGGGAAUUCUGGAGACAAUGGAAACUGAUGGUGUGAUGGAAGACUGAGUUCCCUUUAAAGAUGUUGUCUGUGAUGAAGAUAAGACACAACUCUGUACAGUGCUCCUGUGUUAUUUUAUGGGAAAAUAAAUGGCAUAUUACCAAUCUGGCCACGGUUAUAUUGAACAUUCAGAAAAUUUGAAUUGUUUGCUCUCCAUGUUUUGUUACAUGUUAUAUUUUAUAUUGAAUUAUGCAUCAAAAAUACAGAAUGAGACUACUGUCAGUUUUUAUUAUUAAAAAAUUUGUUUAAUGAGA